AUGAGUACUGUCUUUGGAAGCCAUGGUAACACACAGUUUGAUACUCUUCGAAGUAGUGCCUCUACAUCCACAUCCACAACCAACAACAGCAAUAGUAAUCCUAACACAUUACUUUUUGAAGCACUUAAAAGUGGUUUUCUUGAGACUCAAAGUGGGAAUCAUAGUUUCAAUGGUUAUCAAAGUAUGGGAGAAGUUGAAAAUGGCAUGUUGCCUUAUAUUCAAAUGAACAAUGGUACAAAAGAGAUCGCAGCAACAACAACCAUAAUAAGGAAACAAGAGUUUUAUAAAGAUAUAGACGGUGAGAAUAAUACUUCGUUUGGUAAUUUUCCAUGGCAAGUGAAUGAAGAAAGUAAUAUGAGUAGUGUCAUUGGUCCAGGAAAAGAGUUGUACUCAAAUGGCCUGGUUCGGACUGAUUAA